UUUUUUUCUUGAAGUCAGCAGUAAUAACGCAAUUAGUAGAAUCUGUAUUUUCAAGGUGGAGAUGAAUUCAAGCUGAGGAAUACGUGCCUUGUCGUCUUCAGCGCAGUGACCUACCAGACUAUUCCUUCAGAUUUCUGAUAUUUCCUACAAAAUGGAAGUUUUAAAUGUAGUCUUUGGAAGUCAGAAGUUCCUGAGCAAUGGGAUUGAUUGUUCAAGCGAGUGCAGACAAAUGGAUGACAGCUAUUACAAAGGGCUUAAUGGCAGUGGUGAUAACUUUGGAGAUGAGUAUCUCAAACAGGGAAACUCAUCUGGUUCUAAUUCAUCAGAAGAGAUCAGGAAGGCUGUUGAAGAGUGUGUGUCAUCGUCCUCAAGUACCCUUGAUGUUAGUAGAAAAAAUAUUAAGCAUCUUAACGAGGAAAUAUGUGAACUGCCUGAUAUAAAGCACUUUCAUCUGGAGGGAAAUGCCAUAUCGAUGAUUCCUGAGGAUUUAUUUCAAAAGCUGCCACAUCUUGUUUGGCUGGAUCUCCGGUUUAACAAGAUUACAGCUCUUCCCCCUGGAAUUGGUUACCACAGUUUUUCAAUGUGCUUGGACAAUCCUAACUUCUCAGUUGAAGACCACAAACACAAUAUAUAGUAAUUAUUGGGAACAAGGGAAUGAUGUGUGCUGAAAGGAGAAGAAACUGACGCAGGAAUGCGUGCACUUCUGGUUCUAAAACAAACUUUUCUGUGAAGAGUAGUAAGGAAAAGAAGACAACCCUUGAAUGGUAUAUGCAAUGGAAUUUUCCAGAAUUAAACGUGUGACGUUGAAAUAAGAUGCUUAAGGGUGUUUUAAGGUCAGUUGUUUGUGAAAGAUUAUAUAUUCAACUUCUGAUUAGAGAAAUACAGUAAAUGAAGGCUAUGCUUCUAAAAAUAGCUGAAAAAUGUCGGGUCUAAUGUCUUCAUCUUUUAAAUAGCUUUCAUAAAUUGUUCUUAAAAUGGAUGGGAGUGAUGUUAUAGCUUGUGAAUUGUAUGGUCAUCAUUGUACAACUGGUUGAAACCCUGUGAGACUAAGGUAUUCACUGCGUGUCUUCCUAGAAAAUACCAUGCCAGCCAUUUGUCCCACCAUGUGAUAUACUUGUUUGUAUUUUUCCACAGACUUUGAACAACAGCUCAGAUUUAGAAAACGCUUAUCAGAAACAUUCACUAAAUAUCAUAUUGAGGAAUUCAAGUAAUAACUUAAUUUCAUCGUUAUUACUUGCUGGAGUGUAAAGGUGCAUUUUACCUGAUAUACAGCAAUGCCUAAAUUAUUAAGGAAUUUGGGGUUUGAAGUGGGGAGUCCUUUGCUGCUUUGACGUUUGUUUUAAGCUGAAUUGGAUAUUUUGCUUUAAAAAUACGAACAUGAACAUGGUGCUUGCAUUUUUCUGACUGAAUUGAAAUGUCUUAAAAUAUUGCCACAAAUGUUAAUCCAGUGUUGAGCAGCUGCCAAAAUGUUUGUUUAGUUUUCUCUUUACUAGAGGUAAAGAAAUAUUAUGACAAACUACCAAGCUUUCUUCUUGUUUUUGUUGAAUUUUAACAGUAAAUAAGUCAAAUUGCAAUGCUGGUAAAUAAAACACAUUAACUUUACUAGUAGGAUGAUGCUUUGUGUAUGGCAUGUGGACAGUGCUUUGUCCAUAGAAUAUCACUUGAUCUGAUAUGCUGCUGGAUAUUAAACUUAAAAGCUACUGAAAAGAAUCUUAU